AAAGAAAUUAUGCUUAGUAAGCUAGGUGACUUGCAGCAUGAGCUCUCUUCUAAGAGGGAUUCACUUGAAGCCAAUGUUGCAGAAGUUGAGGCUGUGACACAGAAAUGUGCUGCACUGGCUGAUGAUCUUGCCACAGCUCAGACUGAACUUGAACAGAAACAUGACACAAUAACAAUCAUGUCAGACAACAUGCUUCAGGUAGAGUCAAAGUUACACAGUUUGGAAAAAGAGAAAAUUUCAAAUGAAGAAGCUUAUGGCAUGGAGCUAGAAAAGCUAAAACGGUGCGUGAUGGACAAGGAGCAUGAAGUGAGCUGCAAAGCAACCAGGGUGGAAGAGCUUGAAGGUAUUACUGAAGAUCUCAGGACCAAGCUAUCUGAGGCCCUGGAGGUGAGAUUAGAAGGAGAUAGCCAUCAUGACCAGGAGACUGCUCUCUUAAAAUCAAAACUAGAUUUGUUGCAGAUGGACAUGGAGGACAAAGACGCUAUUAUCCAAGAGCUUAGCACAGAGAUUUCAAACCUGAAGAUUUUUAUUGAAAAUUUGACCAAAAAAAAGGAUGAUUUAAAUGACGCCCUGGUGUUAGUAAGGGCAGAACAAGAGAAAAUGGCCGCAACUUUGAACAUAGAAAUAGAGUGUCUGGACAAGGCUAAGGGGGAUCUGGACAGAUCCAAAGAUACUGUAGUGAACUUGGAAGAUUUGCUCAACAAAAGCAAGAUGGCUUUGGAGGAAAAGUGUGCUCAGUUACAGGAGCUGCAACUAGCUAGUGACAUGUUGCUGAAAACUAUUGAGCAAAAUGAGAUAGUCCUUAAAGAAAAUGAAAAGGAAAAAGAGACGCUUCUCUCAAGGCUGAAUGAACUGGCAAGUACUCUUCAAAUUGAAGGGGAACAAUUCCAGGUCAAAUUAUCAGAAGCAAGCAAUCUUAGUGAAAAAUGUGCCACACAAAUGGAUGAGCUUGAAAUGUUGAAGGCAGUACUCAAUCAAAAGGCUGAUACUGUCAACAGUCAAGCAGCUAGUCUUGAAGAAAUGGGAAAGAAACUAAAAGCAUUGGAGGUGCAAAAGUUACUGGAGGAAGAAGAGAAUAAACAGGCACUGGAUCAACUCCAGGAGCAGAUCAACUCCAAGGAAAGAGCUCUCCAUCUCAAUGAGACACACAUACAUGAAUUAGAAAACUGCUGUCAGGAUCUGAGAAACAAAGUGGCUGAUAUGACCAUACAGCUGUCAGAAAGAGAUGCUUGUUUAAACAAUGAAACGGCCAAACUGCUCAGUGAGGUUGAAGGCUUGCGCUCUAAUCUUGAAGAGAAGGACAAACUCAUGAAAUCAUAUGAAACACAAGUGACCAAUCUCAAUAUUUUAAUUGAUAAAUUGACAGCAGAGAGAGACCAGGUGAAUGGGGAUUUCGAAUCUGAACAUUUCCGUUUACUUGAAGAUCUCAAAGAGAUAAAAAUGGAGUUGGACAAAAAGAUAGCAGAACUGAAUGAUAUAAAAAAAGUGUCUGAAAGCUAUGAGCAAAAGUUGGAUCAGCUGGCCACAGAACUUGAGUCAAAAGACCAGCAGGUUGUGUCGUUAGAGGCUCAAAUUGCUGAGUCUAUGAAGAAUGCAGGGGAGUUAAAUCAGGAGGUCAACAAGCUGUCCACGGAUGUCUUUAAUUUAGUGGCUUGCAAAAAAACUUUAGAGAAUGAGUUGAAAUGUUCCAAGCUGGAUAAAUUUAACCUGGAAAAAGAGUUACUUUUGAGUCAAGAUAACACUGAGCUCAAGCAGAAGAAUUUGGAAGACGAGCUUGAAACAAAAUCAUCUGAGUUGACAGCCAUGCAAACACAGUUUGACAAUAUGAGCCAAACUGUGUUGAAAACAAACAAUAAAUUGGCAGAGCUCCAGAUUGAGCUGAAAGCAGUAAAUGAACAGUUGAGUGAGGUCAAGAGGCUUUAUGAUGAGGCUAAAACUGAACUCCAUGACAAAAACUCCACAAUGCUGGUUCUGCGUGAAGAGUUGGAAAAUGCGGCUCAAGAGAAUGACUUACUGCGGGGGGAAAAGGGAGAUUUAAUCACCCUAGAGGAGAGGUACAAACAUGAUAUACACGAACUGGAAACCAAGAUUGCUGAUUAUGAGGUGGAAGUUGAAAGUACAAAGGAGUCGUUUGAAUCAGUUUCUGUACAGAGGUUUGAGGCCCUAAAUAAACUACGUAGUGUUCAAAGGGAGAAGGAUGAUCUUGAACAGAAGAUGAGAGGAAUUGAGGCAGAAGUCUUGGUCAUACGCCCACAAGUUGAAAGGUUGCAGUUGUUAGAUGCGGAGAUUGAAACUUUGAACAAAGAGCUGUCUAGGAAAGAAGAUACUAUAUCAGAGUUAAAAGUGCAAGUAGAUGAUUAUUGUAGGAAAAAUAUGUUGUAUAGCCAAGACGUGGAGGUUCUUAAUAAACAAAUUCGUGAACUAGAGGAGAACCUUGAUAAAGCAGAGACCAGAUCUCGUCAUUUGGAGCACCAAUAUGAUGAUCUGUCGACUGAUACUAGUGAUGUCAUGGAACAGCUGACACAGUUGCAAGAAGUAAUCCAGACCUUGAAUAAGAGCUUGGAUUCUAAAAAAAAGGAAAUAGUUUUGAGAAUAAAUGAAAUAAGCGAGAAAAAAAAUAAGAUCACAGAACUGUUGAAGGCACUUGAAGAAAGUGAGAAGCUAAAAGAGAACCUAACUCAACAAGUAGAAAAUUUGAAAAAUAACACAAAGGAAUCCAGUUCCACCAUAGGCACACUGCAGGACGCAAUAGAGUCUUUGAACUUGGAGUUGUCAGCCUCAGAGGAAUUACUUAAAGAGAAAACUAGUCAGAAUGAUUAUAUUGAGCAAGAACUACAAGUGCUUAAGAGUGAACAUGAAACUAGUAUAAAGCAGUUAGAAGUGAUGCAAGAAAAACUAAGCAGAUCUGAAGAGAGUAUGGAGUCUUUAUUAUCAAAAAUUUCUGAGUUGAACCACUGCAUUUUGUCACUCCAGAAUGAAGUAGAAAGAAAGAAUAUUGAUGUUGAAAAAUAUAAGACAAGUGAGGAAAAGUUGCAGGAAAAGUAUGAGCAGCUUGAAAUGCAAAGAGAUAUUUUGAUAGAGGAACACAGUAGAAAAUUAGAUUUUCUGGAAAUAGAGAAGAAGAAGAUGGAUGAAAAAAUGGAACACUACGAAGUUCUUCUUUCAGACAGAGUCUUGUUGGAGGAAAAAGCUAAACUUUGUGAACAGGUUUU